AUGGGUCCCGCGCGCGUGCACCGCGUGUUCCGCGACGCGCGGCAGACGAAUCAGCGCGACGCGGCGGAGUUGAUUUCGAUUCAACCGCUCGACUACGAGCAGUGGCUCGCCGCGUGGAGCGGAAACGAGGGCGAGGAUCCGUUUUCGAGCGGUGCCGCGACGGCGGCGACGGCGGAAGAGCUCGCGCGCGUCGUGGUGCGCGCGCGCGAGGGCGGGGAGAGCGCGGACGCGUGCGCGAUAUGCUUGACGGCGAUGCGGGACGGCGACGAGGAGUCGCGCAUGCCUUGCGGACACGGAUUUCAUCCGCGGUGCGUCGAGAAAUGGCUCGCGCGGUCGAAGUGCUGCCCGCAGUGUCGACGGUCGUUGGCGGACGCGGAGAGCGCGCGCGGUGAGGCGAGGGCGAGUGGGAGGGACAUACCCGAGGACGCGGCGCCGACGCCGGCGAAUAUACCGUGGUCGGCGACGAGCGAUCGAGAGUCGAACGAAACGACGGAAAUCGAGCGGCGGGAGCGGUAUGCAUCGACGCUACCUGUGCUUCAUGAGCUGAGGAGGGAGUUUGAGUUAGUGUUGAGGCGAAACGUCGUAGAUAGUGAGGUUCCAGAGCGCGGGGCGUCGCGCGUCAAGGAGGCGCUGCGAGGGCUGCUGACGAACGAGACGCCGCAGCCGUGA